AUGGCCGCCCCGAUCGUUUGCGACCCAGCUACCGCCUCGUUCCCCCCGGGCGGCGGUACCGUCAAGCUGCGCCUCAACAACAAGACCACCAAGAAGUAUAUGAUCCAAGUUGAGCUGAGCGACCCGACGAACUAUGUCACCAAUCUGCCCGCCACCGACAUGAUGGCCACCGGCGACUCGCGCCUUUUUGAGAUCCAGAAGAAGCCUGCCGGCGCUGGUGGCACGCUGAAGAUCGCCUACUACGAUAUCCUUCCUGCCAGCAAGGGUGGUGAGAUGGUGUGCCAGGAGGCGGGCAAAAUCGAGGUCAAGCUGACG